AAUGAAAGGUGGUAUAGAUUUUCAAAUUGAUAAUUUACAAUAAAGUAUUUAAUAUAUAUAUCUUUAUAUUGUUGAUUAAAAAAAAAAGUAUUUGAUAAUGAAUUUCCUGAAGAAUGACACAAUACUGUACUUAUUGGGAUUAAAUUUAAUCCCGAAGCUUCAAUAUAACUUAAGUAGCAGUUAAAGACUUAGUCGAGGUUUCAUUAAUAAAUUUUCAAUGACGUUACAUUAAAGUGAAAGAGUAAUGUUGGAAGAAAUGGAUGGAUUUAAAAAUAAAAAUAUUUCUCGAUUGUGGGAAAUUAGUAACAUAAAUACGACAAAUUGCACAUCGACAAUGGAUCCAAAUUGUGAUGGAUACAAUUCAAGUGCAGAACUUAAUGAUAGUAUGGUGAAAGUUGUGGUGCCUGUAUUUUUUGGUCUAAUUGGUUUCCUUGGACUCGUUGGCAAUUCACUUGUUGUAAUUGUUGUUGCAUUGAAUCCAGGAAUGAGAUCAACUACUAAUAUUUUGAUUAUUAAUUUGGCUAUUGCUGAUUUACUAUUUGUUAUAUUUUGUAUACCAUUUACUGCUACGGAUUACGUUCUUCUAUACUGGCCAUUUGGUGACACUUGGUGCAAAAUGGUUCAGUAUCUUAUUAUUGUCACGGUAUGCGCCAGUGUCUACACCCUCGUUUUGAUGAGCCUUGACAGGUAUCUGGCAGUUGUACAUCCAAUAGCUUCUAUGACUGUGAGAACAGAAAACCACGCCUUCUUAGCGAUUUGUCUCGCGUGGUUAAUUAUUUUAACUGCGUCUAUUCCAGUGCUUAUUAUCCACGGUGAGAUUUAUCCAUCAUUACAGCGACCAGGUGAUAAAUUAAAUCAAAUGUUUUGUCGAAUUCGCCUCGACGACUGGGUGGUUUUCCAAGUUACAUUUUUUUUAUUGAGCUACGUGAUACCUUUAACUCUCAUAUGUGGUCUCUACAUAUGCAUGUUAGUAAGGUUGUGGCGAGGAGCACGUACGAGUGCUGAAAGUCGACGUGGUAGAAGGAGAGUUACUCGGCUUGUAAUUGUUGUGGUCGGAGUUUUUGCUUUUUGUUGGUGUCCUCUUCAGUUAAUAUUAGUCGCAAAAUCAUUAAACUUUUAUCCUCUAACAACGACGUCGGUGAUGAUUCAAAUAGCGAGUCAUGUAUUGGCAUAUAUGAAUAGCUGUGUCAAUCCAAUUUUGUAUGCUUUCUUAAGUGAAAACUUUCGUAAAGCCUUUAGAAAAAUAAUUUACUGUAGACCAAGAUAUAAUCCCCAAGGUCUUGGCCCUCCUACUAAAACUACAAGGGCUGCUAGUAGUGGCGAUAUUCUUUAGGUAAGAGGGGCAAUACGACUCAUUCCAUAAUGGCUCCCUUCCAAAAAACUUUUCUUUCAUUUUCUUGUUUAUUAGGGACUUAAUAACCUACCAGUGCAUGGCCGGGGCAAGAUGAAACAAUGACAAAAAAUUUUUUAAUUUUACUUUUACGGAUUUUUCUAUUUAUAAGAAGCGAAAUGUAAAAAAAUAUGUAAAGAAAAUUACAUGAGAAAAAAAAAAAUUAAAUAACGAUUAAUUUUGAUUAUUUUUGUCACCAACUAAAUGCUAUCGUAAAGUGCAAAUAUCACGCAGAGUUGAAAGAAACAGAAAAAAAAGGAAUAAAAUGAUAACAGAUCUUCGUGAUAAGCUUAAAAUUAUCAGCGUUU